AUGCGUUUUUAUACUACACUUUUAAUCCUCUUGUGGCAUGUGAGAUCGAAUGUUGGUUUUUACGUUCCAUUCAGUACUAGUGAGCUGACAGAUGAAGACUCUGCAAUAUUGGCAGAAAACUAUGGCCUUUUAAGUAACCAAAUGAAAUCGACUACACUAAAAACAAGAUUUGCAAAAUCCGAACAAACAUUAUUUACAUCAAAUAAUAUGGGUUUGCUGAGCGAAGACCUUGAUGAGACUCCUUUAAGAGAGCACGCAACUGACAAACCCAACAAUUUAAAGGAAAGAGCAUUUGUAUAUUUGAAUCAAAAAUAUAAAACUCCGUUUCAAAAUCAAGUUUAUGAUCUUCAUAUGCAAGCAAUGGAUAUUCCAUUGAGAAAUUACAAAUCUUGGGCGAAAUCUCGAUUUUCGAAAUUUGUGGAAUUCCCUGUGAAAAUGGCUAGUUUCUUUCAACCGUCUUUAUACCAGAUUGUUGGUCCAGAAGCAAAGCAAACGGAUUUUUAUGGCGGAGCUACAAAUGAAAAUGAUAAUAAAAUGAAAAUGAAAACUACUGUUACCGAUCAUAAUGACGCACCUAAUGUAAACGUAGAAGACUUAGAAAGACAACGUAUUCCUUUAGAAUUGCUUAGUAAGCCACAUGCAAGAAAACCAAAUAAAUAUUCACCUAAAAAUUAUGAGCUAACAGAUUAUAAGGAGAAUAAAAUAUAUGUUGAUAAUCACUUUAAAACUAUUCCAUCAGUCAGUCUAUAUCAAACUCAAAGACCAAUCGAUGAAUACGAAAAACUCAACGAAAGGACAUCGCCUAGAGGUGGUAAUUCAAACUUCGAUAUUGAUGAGAAACAGAUUCGUAAUUCUGAUAUAAUAACUUAUAAGUCACAGUUGGUUCCAAACACAAAUCAGGAUUAUUCUAACGAUCAAUCACAUAUUAAAGUAUUUUUUAAUAAUGAAGAUCUUAAUUCGAAGUUUUCGUUCGGAAAUCGGAAUUGUAACGAACCAGAUUGUGUUCCUGAUGAAAAUAUCUAUGGGAAACAUUAUUCCAAUGCUCAAGUACCUCAUAAACUAGAUUGCAAUUGCAAUCAUAAAAAUAAUGACGGUCAUAAAAAAUCAAAAGAAAGACUCGAAAGAGAUAAACAACAAGCCCAGGAAACAAUACUGACGGGACAUAAGUGUCAAAAUCAUGUCCAUGAAACACAAACUGAAGAUAUAAUUGAAAACGAACUUCAGAAUUCAGUAAAUAUUCUUAAUCGUACAUUGCAAAUGUAUUUUUAA